GCAGGGCCUCCCAAAAAUACGGCUACCGAAGGCUUCCUGGUCCCCAUCGGGAUGGGCUGGCUCGGGGUGCUACCGCCGACGACGCCCCCAUGACAGCCGGUGGCACCCCAUCCCCGAAUCCUGUCUCCUCCGCCAGGUCACCACCGGUGCCAUUGGUGCCGGCGGCUCCGUCCCCAUUGAUCCUCCCGCCACUGCCCCACUUCCCCAGGUUUCGGUUUCGGAACCCCCAUGGCCUGCUGCCCCAUCCCCCCAACCGCCGGCUUUGUGUCGGCCCCGCCAGAUUCUAUCGCCCUACGGUUUCCCACCAUUACCUAAGAGGGGCUUCCGAAAUUCCCCGGAGGGCUUGUGUGUGCUCAUCCCUCCGUGUUGGGCGAGCUACCCCACGAUUCGCACCCCGCCAAUAUUUCACUCGCUGUACCCUUCCACCGUGGCGGUGACGUUGGUGCAGCCAGUGCUCUUGGCAUGGCCCACCAUCACUGUAGGUGGUGGUUUUGUUGUGGCCACACCAGCUAUUUUUGGCCUGGGCCCAUACCACCUCGUGCAUUUG